GCACGCACUUUGACAUGCAUCCAGGAUGCAUCCAGAGUUUGCAGAGCUUUCAAGAGUGCUCUAAGAGACGCCUCAGGACCUGGCGCGCCAGCUGCGAGGUGGACAGAACGAAGGGCAGAGUCACAGAGCCUGAGGUUCGUGAGGGACUGUAAUCAGUCAGCCGGGGGGUAUUGAUCUGUUCCGCCCCGGCUCUGCAGAAGUGGGGAAACACAGUACCACCCCUUGCAGGAUAUUGGUAGGCCAGGACUCCAAUGGCGGACGCUCCAAAGUCUGUUCCAAAGCAGGAUGUUGGCAUCGGGAGCGCUUCCGUCCAGGGCAUUGCAGAAGGCGUUGCAGAUGCUGCGUCUAAGCUUGCAAACGUUGCGCUUGGGAAAUCAGAUAUCCAAGAACCUACCGCUGAGAAGCCAAGCAAAGAAGCACCGGAGGGCGGCAAGAAGAAGGACCCCAAGGCCGACAAAAAGGCGGAGCGGAUGGCCAAGAGAGAGGCGCAGGCGGCCGCCGCGAAGGCGGCCACUUCAGAAGCGGACCCCCUGGCUGACAACUACGGCGACAUGCCGACCGUCCAGUCUCAAGCCAAAUCCGGCCAUAAGUGGACCCCCGUCCGCACCCUCACCUCCGCUCUCGACAAGCAAGAAGUCCUCAUCCGGGGGCGCGUUCACACCGUGCGAGCCAAGGGCAAGUCGGCGUUCCUGGUGGUUCGGGAGGGAGGCGCGACGGUGCAGGUUGCGUUUUUCGUCGAUGAGAAAGUGGUCAGCAAGCAGAUGGUGAAGUACAUUUCGGGCCUGAGCAAGGAGUCGAUCGUGGACGUGUGGGGGGUGGUCUCGGUGCCGCCCGAGGCGCUGGCGUCAACAACGCAGCAGGUUGAGUUGAGCGGGCGGAAGAUCUAUGCCGUGAACAAGGCGACGCCACAGCUGCCCAUCAGCGUUGACGAUGCUGCGAGAAGCGAGCAAGCAAUUGCAGAGGGAGAAAAGAAGGGGGAGAAGUAUGUGCGAGUUUCUCAGGACACGCGCCUGAACAACCGGUCGAUCGACCUGCGGACGCCUGCAAACCAGGGCAUCUUCCGGAUCCAAUCGCAAGUCAGCCAGCUCUUCCGCGAGUACCUUCUCUCCCAGAAGUUCGUUGAGAUCCACACGCCCAAGCUCAUCUCCGGCAGCAGCGAGGGCGGCGCGUCCGUGUUCCACCUGCAGUACCUCGGCCAGCCUGCGUGCCUCGCGCAGUCGCCGCAGCUGUACAAGCAGAUGGCGAUCAUGGCCGACUUCGGGCGCGUCUUCGAAGUGGGGCCGGUCUUCCGGGCGGAGAAGUCGUUCACGCACCGGCACCUGACGGAGUUCACGGGCCUCGAUUUUGAGAUGGAGAUCAAGGAGCACUACGAGGAGGUGCUGGACGUGAUCGACGGGCUGUUCGUGUCCAUCUUCGAGGGGAUCAACGCGCGGUGUCAAGAGGAGCUGGAGGCCGUCAACUCGCAGUACCCAUACGAGCCGCUACAGUUUCUGCCACAGGGCUGUCGCAUCAAGUUUGCGGACGGAAUCCAGAUGCUGCACGAGGCAGGGUUCAAGGACGCGGACCCGCACGGGGACCUGUCCACGGAACUAGAGCGGGAACUCGGAAAGCUCGUCAAGGAAAAAUACCAUACGGACUUUUACAUUCUGACCGACUUCCCAAUCGAGGCCCGGCCGUUCUACACGAUGCCCUCCCCGGUUGACCCCCGGUACACCAACUCGUUCGACGUCUUCAUCCGAGGCGAGGAGAUCAUUUCCGGCGCUCAGCGAAUUCACGAGCCGGAGCUCCUCACCAAGCGAGCGACGGAAUGCGGAAUUGACGUGAAAACGAUCAGCGCGUACAUCGAUGCUUUCAAGUAUGGCGCACUCCCUCACGGUGGGGCGGGCGUAGGCCUAGAGCGUGUUGUGAUGCUCUUUUUGGCCCUGAACAACAUUCGGAAGACGAGCAUGUUUCCUCGCGACCCUCAAAGGUUGACGCCCUGAUCAGGUGGUCCAUAGGGGCGCUAGUGCGUACACCAACGUUGGAUCUUAUUGCACUGGGAAAGUGAAGCCUUCGGCAUUCGUGCUGACUAAAUUUUGGUCGACGGCUGGAGUAUGUGUGCAGAUGCCUUCAGCUUCCGGACAUCGCAUUCCCUGUCCAUAUGCACCAGGACCUUUUGGGAGAGCUGCUCAUUAAGACAUGCGUCGAUCUAUGUUCAACGUGCAAAACUGGUCGUUCCGAUAAUGUAUGCGCUCUAAGUCGUCAAAUUCAGUAAUCAUAGCCAAUAACUGAAUUGUAGGC